AAAGGCCAGAUAAGAAAUCGCCAAAAAAUAUAGAGAUGAGCCAGAAGAGUUCAAAUAUUAGACUUCAUUGCUUUCACAUUAAUCCAUUAACAAGUUGGUUUAAAAAAAAAUCUAUUGAUAGGCUAACUUGCACCUUCCUGUCUACAUGUUUAACUGUCAAGUUUACUGUAUUAAACAGGCAGUUAAGUGUUUUAACUUACUGAAGGGAAGAUUCCCACUCUGUUGAAGGGACAGUGCUCUGCCUCGGUGGUCUAUGGGAAGCCCUUACGAAGAUGUUUACCUCUGUAAAUGUAGUCCUAAUUUCCUACAGCAAGGACACCUAUUUGAGUGUGGACUAGGCCUGUAUACAUGUUAAUUAACACAUCUAUAGGUUUAGAUGUAUGAUCCAAAGUAUAUUUAACUCCAACUGUAUAUAUCUAGAGGUGAUCCGACUGCAAGGCUUGGCUAGUGGCUACAUGAAUACCAACACAAGCUUGGAUGGGCAUCGGAUGGCCUAUAUUGUCAUUGUGGCUGAUAUUUGAUGUGAUUUAUCGAAGAUGAUAUAUCAUCUUAUAUAUCAUCAUACGAAGAUUCGCCAACGCUAUAAGAAAGAAAGAAAAAAGUUGUCGUGAAUUGCGGAAGUAGGUUUAUAGAAUGAGUAGAGGCAUUCCGUUUUACCAGCACAGACGUUAUGUUUAAGGUAACGUGGAUUAAUUAUUGAAUAUAAUAUUGGUUCAAAAGGUGCUUUUGGCUAUAGCCUAUGUCUGUGACGUUUUGUGUUGUUAGUUAAUCAGUGAACGUUUAGCCUAAAGACUUAAUUUCACAAACACAUUGCAUUUGUUUGGCAUCGUACUACUCAGCUCAGUUUUGCGAUGUUUUCCUUUAGGCUUUAUUUUUCAUAAUCAAGCUUUUAGAAUACGUGUUUAGCGUGUAAAAGCACGCAUAAUUGCUUUAUUCUAGUGUUUUGACGCUUUAGCUAGCUAACAGUAGCUUACGUUAGACUAGAAGCCGAUGCUCAAUGUGUAUAUGGAAUUGACAGCUAACGUUAGCUAUAGCCUGACAGCUUUCAUUAUCGAGAUUGGAAAUCUAUUGUUGUUAUUAGAUCAGUAUCCAAAGUAACCCGUGGAGUUAGGUAGUCUAACUAGUUUAGUCAAAAGCUAGUCACCAAUAUAGCCUUGUGCGAAUGUUAUUUCUGGUGCCAAUUGCAAAAUCUGCACACGAUUUCAUUUUCGUUUAUCCGUCACAAUUAACUCUUCCGCCGGCUUGAAAUCUUCUGCGGGGCUAGUUAUUACAUGCGAAGUAAAAAAAAAAAAAAAGAAAGAAAGAAAAAAAAAACAUUAAAUAGCAUGUUUACGGUUGUGAACGUUUUUUUAUUUGCAGCCACAAUUUCUAAAGUAGAAGUGUUAUGCUACGGUAUAGCCUAACGUAUGUAACGAUGUUGAUUUGACGGGCAUGCUUUAAUGCUUACAACUGAGUCAUCUAAUGCAGGGUAGGCUACGUGUUUUUGCAUGCAUUUAAACCUUAAAACCUAUUGUUCUUUUGCAGGUUUAACUCUGUAACUUACUGUAACGCUAUUUAUAGGCCUGCCUCUUAGAAGUAGGGUAGUGCGUGAUUGUUGCCUUGGUAAUCUAAAAUGUGCUUUUGUUUGCAGAAAAAAACUUUUCCGUUGUACAGCUCCGUGAAAACAUAUCAAUGCCAGCUUUAACGUAAAAUUUGUCUUUUCUUAUAUGAAUCGUGUGUAUACUAGUAUUCAUGGUAGUGGUUUUUUGAAACAGCCUGUUGCUGUACUUACAUGCGUUUAUUGAAUUGCUCUGUCACAGUAGUUUUUUUACGGAUCACUGAGGUUCCCUGAACGCUCCAACGCACUGCUGUAAAUGUUUGUGACAAGUACAGAAUAUUUCCUAAUUUUUUUAUUUUAUUUUAAUUUUAAAUCUGGUUCAUUCUGUCUUUUCUACCGAAUUUGAUGCCUAGGGAGCAUUGUGAUGCAAAAUGGCUUCUGUGGAUCAUCAAGUUUGACCUAACAACAAUAACAACAAUAAAAAUAAUAAUAAGAAGAAUGUUGUAACAUCUGUUAAGACCUUGAACACUCAUGACAAAUGCUUUAUAAAUGUUAUUAUUUUGUGAUUGUUUCAUAAUACCGUGAAUUAAUAUGCAGUAUUUCUAAAUCUGAGAAUGACCUUACUUGUGUAGGCCUACAUUCUUACUUCUUUGUGUAGCAUUUGUGCUACUUUUUACUACUGUGUGUUAUUUCUUAUAGGAUUAUUUAUUGUAUCUCAUUUUUUGCAAUCUUCAUAUCCUUGUCACUUGACUUUCAGUACUCCUAUCAAGAAAGAGAAAGUGUUGUCAAUAAUGCUUUGUUUGAAUAAAGGCAAAUCAUGUACAUUUUACAAACUAUUAUGCAAACAGAUGGAAUGUUAAAACAAACCACCAACAGCAAAUGGGCUUAGUCACUUUUAUGUUCAUAGUUGACCAGCUUCAUCUGACGGCACAGCACAGGCCCUCUCUAAAAUUCACACAAACGCAGAAGCAUUGCUGUCCUGUAAAUAGAAAGCAGCACUGUGCUCUUCUCCCUGGAAAGGGGCCAAGGGGGUGCUAGUGGGAGCUACAGGAUGUUGAAGUGCUCCAGGUGUCCAGGUGCAAGAGCUGUGAUGGGAUGGCAGGGGACACAGCGUGGCCUUCUCUACAGAACUCAGACCCUGGUCACCUGGAAGCAGAAUUUGAAAUUCAGCCAUGUGUCCAGUAAAGUCUACAACCACACCAUUCUCAGGGGGGUGAAAUAUUCCUUGGACAGACAGCCCUUUCUCAGUGGAGCACUAUGGAGCCUGCAGAGACCAGUUCAGAGCUCAGUCAGACCCCAGAGCACCACUGCAGAUGGGACAGAUCCCAUCCAGGUGCACAAACAGAAGCUGAGCCUGUGGUUCAGCCACCUGCCCCAGGAGGAGCUGCAUUUCGGGGAAUUCAGCGCGGGGAGCAUGUACGUGGACCCCCUGAUUGUGGAGAGGAAGCCGGAGGAGAGCCGGGGGGUCCUCCAGGGGUCCUUGGUGGUGCACCAGCACCCCGCCCUGGACGUGGGCCAGCUCUUCGACGCGGCCUGCUGUGACGGCGGAUGCGGGGUUGGCAGAGGGGUCAACGUGCUGCUGUACGGGGCGGUGGGCACGGGAAAGAGCACCGUGGUGCGCAAGCUGGUGCUGGACUGGUGCGCCGGGGCCACGCUGGCCCAGUUCAGCCUGGUCAUCCCCUUCUCCUGCGAGGACCUGUCCCAGAUGACCCGGCCCGUCUCCCUGCGCGACCUGGUGGGCCGAAAGUACAUGCACCUGCGGCGGACGCCCCUGCUGAGCGGGGAGGGCGGCCAGGCCGGGAACGUGCUCUUCAUCUUCAACGGCAUGGAGAAGAUGGGCCUGGACUUCCGCAUCGCCUCCACCGAGCUGUGCAGCGACCCCAACGAGCCCCUGCCCCCCGCCACCAUCGUGGUCAACCUGCUGAGAAAGUACCUCCUGCCUGAGGCCAGCAUCUUGGUCAGCACCAGACUGUCUGCCGUGGAUCGCGUGCCCCAGAAGUACGUGGCGCGCUUCGUGCAGAUCUGCGGCUUCAGCGACCCCGACAGGCAGCGGGCGUACUUCACCAGCAGGCUGCUCCAGCAGACCACGGCCAGGCCCAGCGCCGAGGCCCAGUCCCUGAUGGAGCUGCUGUACCUCAACCUGCAGCGCGAGGGCCAGCUGGCCACCGCCUGCUUCCUGCCCUCCUACUGCUGGCUCACUUGCGCCACGCUGCACCUGCUGCACUUCACCAGCGGCUCCUCGCCUACCCGCACCCUCAGCGGCAUCUACACCAGCUUCCUCCGCCUCGUCUUCGGCGGGGAGGUGCUGGAGGCGGCCGAGGGCGGGGGCAGGGGCGGUGGCGGCGACCGGGAGCUGCCGGAGUCCCUGAUGAGGCAUGUGGUGCGCACCGUGGGAAAGCUGGCCUUCGACGGGGUCACCCGGAAGCGCACCUCCUUCUCGGAGGACGAGCUGGAGCAGUGGGUCGGCGGGAAGACCAAGACGGACGAGGAGCUGCGGCAGCUGGCCGUGUUCCGGACCGACGUGCUGGACUUCUUCCUGGUGCCCAGCGGCGAGAACCACGGCUCGGCCGAGGCGGGGGAGGCGGAGAAGCGCUACGUGUUCACCGUGCCCGCCAUGCAGGAGUACCUGGCCGCCCUGUACGUGGUGCUGGGCGAGAACAAGUCGGCCCUGGAGAAGGUGAGCCAGCAGCUCUCCUCCGCCAUCGGCCAGGCCGGGGAGGACGUCACCACCCUCAUGACCAUCUUGGCCAAGUUCAUCCCCUUGAGGAUCUUCGCCAUCUUCAACCUGAUCAAGCUGUUCCCCAAGCUGUACGAGAAGAUCUCCGUCCACAGCAAGGGCCGCAUCGCCCGCACCUUGGCGGCCGAGAUGUUCCGCUCGGAGGACAGCUUCAACGAGGACGUGCUGGACCAGGUGGAGCAGAGCCUGCUGGGGGUGCAGGGACCCCAGCCCCAGCAGAUGGUGGACAGCAAGGCCUUCGAGCUGUACCCCAUAUUCAUGGGGGGGCUGCUGCACUACAACAACCGGGUGCUGCUGGAGCAGCUGGGCUGCGGCAUUAAGAGCUCGGCGGUGUCCCAGAUCACCAGCACCCUGCGGAGGCACCUGGUGCGGGAGAUCCGGCGCGAGCAGCCCCCCGAGGAGCUGAUGGACAUCCUGGUGCUGCUGUACGAGUUCCAGAACCCGCGGCUGUCGGCCGAGGUGCUGGGCUCCCUCCGGACCAUCCGCCUCUCCACCGUGCGCAUGACGCCCCUCAAGUGCUUCAUCCUGAGCUCCGUGCUCAGCUGCGCCCCCUCCAGGCACCUGCUGGACGAGCUGGACCUCUCCGACUGCCACCUGACCCAGGACCUGCUGGAGAUGUUGCAGCCGGCCUUCCUCCACACGCGCAGUCUGAAUCUGCAGUUUAACAGGUUGGGUUCUGAGUCCUGCGUAAUCCUCAAAGAUGUGCUACUUCACCCCAGCUGUGCACUUAGAUCCUUACAGCUGUGUGAUAACUCCCUGCUGGAGUCGGGGGUGGCCCACCUGCUUGAGGCCUUCCCGGGGAACCACUCUCUGCGGCGGCUGUCCCUGAUGCACACGGGCCUGGGAGACGCGGGCGCGGCCCUCCUGGCACAGGGCCUGGUGCAGCACCACGAGCUGGAGGAGCUCAACGUGGCCUACAACAACAUCGGGGACAGCGCUGCCCUCACGCUGGUGGACGCCUGCAGAGAGCACCCCACUAUCCACACAGUACACCUCUACCUGAACCGCCUGAGCGAGGCGGGCAAGCAUUCGCUGUACGUGCGCGGGGUCCCGCAGAAGACCACUGGCCGCCACGUGAAGGUGCUGGCCUCGGUGACCGAGGGCUCGGACGUGUCGGAGGACUGGCACCCCAUCCUCAGCGUCAUCCAGCAGAACUCGGCCUCCUGGGAGAUGAGCCGCGUGCGCCAGCAGCUGCAGGUCUUCCUGCGCGACCUGGAGUCGGGCCGGCGGCGGCAGCACAGCCUGUGGAAGAGGCUGCACUUCCGCCGGGUGGAGAGGGGCGUGAGGGAGACGCUGCGCAUGCUGGAGAAGGGCUCCCCGUAGAGAUGAACCACUGCAGCGGUGUCUGGGCCGGACAGGGCUGGACAGUCCUGCUCUCUUCACUCAAUAGAAUACAUUGGGGCUGAGCAGGCUAGCAUCUUGCAAAAUGUAGCCUUAUGAUGUGGUCACUCAGCGACAAUAGCGAGUUCACAUAUUAAAGAGGAAGGCAGUGAGAUGCAAUUAAAGCCAUAUCAAUUAAUCAGCUUCCAAGCCUAUGCUUUACAUUUCAGAAUCUAACAAAAAUAUUAAUCUCAAAAUUUCUGGUACAUUUCAAUAUUUUUAAUGGAAAUUUUCCAUGUGAAUUUUGUCUUGGCCACUUUCUGUUUUUUUAUCCUCCUUAACAUGAUUGCACCUGUAUUCUCAGUAUUGUCAGUAUUCUCUGUUUUAAUCAAUUCUAACUUAAAAAUUACUAAUAGGAGGGUUACUCCCAAUCUUCAAACAUUUCCCUAAUGACUGGAGCAUAGCUUUAGCUUAAUGCAAUGAUUGUUUUCAGUCACAAAGUUUCGCGAACAAACGUGUCUUGUUUUCCAACAUCUUGGAUAGGCAGUGAUGGACCAUCAUUUCACUGAGCAGAAUUUCAUCGCUUGUACACUGGGAAAACAAAAUCUUCCAACUGUCUUCCUGUAACUGAUGUUCAACUCAGGAGCUUUCAUGAAUGAGGUACAUGUAGCGUUAAUGUGUAAAAUAAUCUAAGUAUGACAUUGUGAUGAUAUUUGUAAGAGUAUCAUGUUAACAUGUUCCGUGUUGCACAUUUUUAAAUAUUAUGGGAUAAGAGAACAGCUAGUUUGUUUACAGUUUGACAUUUGACAUAAUUACUAAUCAGUGUUAGCUAGCUAACAUGAAAGGUGUAUUGAAGCUAGACUUGUUGCUGCCUUUGUGUGGAUUGCUGUUAUGCUACGCACUUUGCUAUUUCAGCAUUUACUUAUAAUAGCAGAGUGCGGAAACUGGGGGCUUUUGGAACAAACCUGAAAUUGUCUGAAUCAAGUGCUGAGGAAUCCAGCAUGCAGCUAAACUGUUACACAGAGGAGAAAAGAGUCAAGAAUGCAACUAUAUUUUGAACAGACAGGGACAGAAUGCGAUAUGCAGCUGCCGGGAUUAACUAUAUUUAAUUUUGAAUAGUAAGUGAAAAAUGUUUCAUAAUGUUCAGGGUUACAGAGCUAUUACCCAAAAGAAACCUUUAAGCGUGUUUUUUUGCAUUGAGAAGCAUAAUAUUAUUAAUGUUCAAGUGAACAAAACGGAUAAAAGCAAAAAAGCAAUUAUAAAAACUAUUCAUUCCAAUAAAAUCUUGAAAAUUGCUGAAAUUUAGCAUUCAUAAAUAUCGAGAAAGUGUAAGAAGAAAGGCUGCAUGUUGCUCAUUUUGUGCCUGUCUUGAUAUACUUGAUAUGAUGUUGAAUUGCAAGCUGAGAAUUUGAUGCAAUAAACUGUUAUGCAAAGAA